CUUACCAUCGCAAAUGUCAGCGACACGGACAAACACCGACAGAGUUUGUUUCUUCGGCUUAGUGUGAAGACGAGAAAUGAGUGAAUUCUCCACCUGCGCCAUAUACUCUACAUAAUAAAGGACAUUACAGCAGAAGAAGACAUGGAGCAGGAGUUUGAGGAUAUUGAUUCGGAGAGCCGCUGGCAGAACCUUUAUUUAGAGAUACGCAACCAGUCACACGAGUGUGCUUUCAAAGUGGCCAAGUAUCCAGAUAAUCGCAACCGCAACAGAUACAGAGAUGUGAGCCCGUUUGACCACAGUCGGGUGAAAUUAGAAAACACAGAAAAUGACUACAUCAAUGCCAGCCUGGUGGUAUUGGAAGAAGCCCAGAGAAGAUACAUACUUACCCAGGGUCCUUUGAGAAACACAUGUGGUCACUUCUGGCUGAUGAUCUGGGAGCAGAAGACCAAAGCAAUUAUCAUGCUCAACAGAGUCAUAGAAAAAGGCUCGGAAAAGUGUGCACAGUACUGGCCCACACAAGAAGAGCAUCAGAUGUCGUUCCGUGACACUAGCUUUGUGGUAACUCUAGUGUCAGAGGAUGUGAAGUCAUAUUACACCACCAGAGUGCUGGAACUCCAGAAUGCAAAUACAGGGGAGAUGAGGGAGAUCUACCACUUUCAUUACACCACAUGGCCUGAUUUUGGUGUCCCAGAAUCCCCUGCCAGCUUCCUGAACUUCCUGUUUAAGGUGCGAGAGUCUGGCUCUCUCGGGAUGGACCAAGGUCCGGCUGUGGUCCACUGCAGUGCUGGAAUUGGACGGUCUGGAACAUUCUCUCUGGUCGACACCUGUCUUGUUUUGAUGGACAAAAGGAAAGACCCAUUGGCCGUAGACAUCAAAAAGAUUCUCCUGGACAUGAGGAAGUACCGGAUGGGUCUGAUCCAGACCCCCGACCAGCUGCGAUUCUCUUACAUGGCUGUUCUGGAAGGUGCCAAGUACAUUAUGGGAGAUUCCUCAAUGCAGAAACAGUGGCGAGAGCUCUCCAGAGAGGACCAGGAGCCCCUGUCAGAGUCCCCCCCGCCACCGCAGCCUCCUAAAUGCACAGAACGCUACAACGGCAGCAAGCUGUCUCAUCCGGACGACGGCAUAGACACGAAGGCGUCAAAGAAAAUGGCUCUAGAGACUCCCAAUAAAGAACCAGAGAAAGACGCAGGAACAUAUGCUUGUAAGAGAAAAAGAAAUGAGAAGCUGCCCAACCCUACACAGAAGAGUCAGAAGCAGACAAAAUCAAGGAUCAACGACCCUGACAAGAAACGAAAAAGAGCAAAAACAACCAGUGACUCAACCUCGUGGCAACCUCAGCAGGAGACAUCCAUCCCAUAAUGCCCCACGUUUUUAAAACCGUUUGCAGCAUAAACUUAAGGUAAAAAAGAUCUCCACUGGGCAGUCGGCACAACGGCACACACCAGCACUAUUGCAGUGGAGGAAACUCAAUGUCAAGAGCAUAGCGCACCGCCACCGUCUGGAUUGGUUUUAAUUUCAUUGGACCCGUUUUGUCUUUUUUAUGCUUUGCUUUUUAUUUUUGGUUAAAAAAAAGCAGCAGGAUCUGAAGUAGGCCUAUGCAUUUCGAACUCUGUUUAUACAUUGUAUUUUUAGACAACCUUUUUCAGAGGCAAAGUGAAAUGCUCUAUUUUUAUAAGAAAUUACUUGAAAUUUCCUGCAGGGCUGUAUUUAGCCCCUUUAUUCAGUUUGUGAUAUUGUUUGACGAUGUCUUAUGCUGUAGAGUGCUCACAUUGUGUACAUAGUGUACCUUAUGAGAUGUAAAAAAAUGAAUUGUACAAAAUGUUGAACAUUGUAGAGACACACCAAACAAACCAGCAGUGUCUAAUAUUAAAAAGUCUUACUUUUCUUUACCCAAGAGUAGGAUCCAUGAAUAAAACUGGUAUCAUUUAGUUUCUAAUAA